CUGUAGCUGGUUAGUGCAUUUCUGCAUGUCAGAGUAAGACACAGCAGCUUCAAACACACUACUAUCCCUUUUUCUGGAAUAGAAUACACUGGAACUUCAGUUAUGUUUUUUAGAGAGAUUUAGUUAGAUUGAUUUUUUUAUUCUAUUAAAUCUGCACAAAGACAACCAAUUUCUUAAUACAGUUUGGAUCUAACAGGGCAAGAGAAAAAAAGUUUUCACUAGAACUACAGAUUAGCAAUAACACUGGUAACACAAAGAAGAAAAAAACAAGUUGACUUCUGGAUUUUCAAUCUCUGUAGAAGCAAAAAGCAGCAGCAAAAUUUGUUUUUGUCAUCACAUUCAUCUUAAAAUGAAGAUAUCUACAGGGACUUUGGGUGUGCUAUUAUUCCUACUACUGUCUACAGGACACUGCACAGAAAAGUCUGAACUCAAUAAAAUAUCCCCAAAGAGGCACCCUCGUUCAACAGACGGUGGAGAGGAAGGAAAAAAAUGUGGUUAUACGUUCUUGGUUCCUGAACAAAAAAUAACAGGGCCAAUCUGUGUAAACACCAAAGGACUAGGAGCAGAUAAUAGAAAAGAUGAAAUCACAAGGAUGGACAUAGAGAACCUGAAGGAAGUACUGUCCAAACAGAAGCGGGAGAUUGAUAUCUUGCAGCUAGUGGUGGAUGUGGAUGGAAAUAUUGUGAAUGAGGUAAAACUGCUGAGAAAAGAAAGUCGUAACAUGAACUCCCGAGUCACUCAGCUCUACAUGCAGCUCUUGCAUGAGAUAAUCCGAAAGCGUGAUAAUUCACUUGAGCUUUCCCAACUGGAAAACAAAAUCCUCAAUGUUACAACAGAAAUGUUGAAGAUGGCAACACGAUACAGGGAGCUUGAAAUAAAAUAUGCAGCACUAACUGAUCUUGUAAAUAAUCAGUCUGUGAUUAUCUCUUUACUGGAAGAGCAGUGCUUGCAGAUACUGUCACGACAGGACACAGACGGAUCUCCUCCUCUUGUUCAGGUGGUGCCACAGCACAUUCCUAACAGACAGCACUAUACUCCCAGCCUUUUGGGAGGUAAUGAGAUACAGAGGGACCCAAGUUAUCCAAGAGACAGAGACAUAAGGCCACCACCUGAUCCAGCUACUUCCCCAACAAAAAGUCCUUUCAGGAUACCACCGCUAACUUUAAUCAAUGAAGGUGAGUUGAUUAACAUGUCCAAAAUAAAGAGAAUGUCAUGUAAACAAAUAGACAACCCUCUUACACUGCUUACUUAUAACUAG